GCCAUGCCCGCCGCCGCCGCCCCCAUCAUCCGCUCCGUGCAGAAGCUGGUGCUGUACGAAACCAGGGCGCGGUAUUUCCUUGUUGGCAGCAAUCCUGCAGAAACCAAAUAUCGUGUUUUGAAAAUUGAUCGCACUGAACCAAAGGAUUUAGUUGUGAUUGAUGAUAAGCAUGUAUAUACACAACAAGAGGUGAGGGAACUUCUUGGCCGCUUAGACCUGGGGAACAGAACAAAGAUUGGACAGAAGGGCUCCUCUGGGUUAUCUCGAGCUGUCUCUGCUUUUGGUAUAGUAGGUUUUGUCAGAUUUUUAGAAGGCUACUAUAUUAUCUUAAUUACAAAAAGAAGAAAGAUGGCAGAUAUUGGUGGACAUGCAAUAUAUAAAAUAGAAGAUACAAAUAUGAUCUACAUUCCAAAUGACUCUGUACGAGUCACUCAUCCUGACGAAGCAAGAUAUCUGCGAAUCUUUCAAAAUGUGGACCUAUCUAGCAAUUUUUAUUUUAGCUACAGCUAUGAUCUAUCACACUCCCUUCAGUAUAAUCUUACUAUCCUGAGAAUGCCACUUGAGAUAUUAAAAACUGAAACAACUCACACUCGACAGGAGAGCUUUGAUAUCUUUGAAGAUGAGGGACUUACAACACUAGGUGGAAGUGGUAUAUAUGGGAUUGGAAGCAAAGCUUAUACAAAGUAUGUGUGGAAUGGUAAACUGCUGGACGUAGUAAAAAAUACGAUUCAUCAUGACUGGCUGUUGUUUAUUAUUCAUGGAUUCUGUGGGCAGUCAAAACUUUUAAUCUAUGGUCGUCCAGUGUAUGUCACUCUGAUAGCCAGAAGAUCAAGCAAAUUUGCUGGAACACGUUUUCUGAAAAGAGGAUCAAACAGUGAGGGAGAUGUCGCUAACGAAGUAGAAACUGAACAAAUACUUUAUGAUGCUUCAGUGAUGUCAUUUUCUGCAGGGAGCUAUUCUUCUUAUGUUCAGGUUCGAGGAUCAGUCCCUCUCUACUGGUCUCAAGAUAUUUCAACUAUGAUGCCUAAGCCACCAAUUACAUUGGACCAAGCAGAUCCAUUUGCACAUGUCGCUGCACUUCACUUCGAUCAAAUGCUUCAGAGAUUUGGCUCUCCCAUUAUCAUUUUGAAUCUUGUAAAGGAACGUGAAAAAAGAAAGCAUGAAAGGAUUCUCAGUGAAGAACUUGUUGCUGCUGUGACAUACCUCAAUCAGUUUUUACCUCCAGAACAUGCUGUUGUGUAUAUUCCUUGGGAUAUGGCCAAAUACACAAAAAGCAAACUGUGCAAUGUCCUGGACAGAUUGAAUGUGAUCGCAGAAAGUGUAGUAAAGAAGACAGGAUUCUUUGUGAAUCGUCCUGAUUCGUACUGCAGUACCUUGCGGCCAGAUGAAAAAUGGAAUGAACUAGGAGGCGUUGUUGUUUCCACUGGUCGCUUACAGACUGGUGUUCUCCGAACAAAUUGUGUUGACUGUUUAGAUCGCACAAACACAGCCCAGUUUAUGGUUGGGAAGUGUGCUUUGGCUUAUCAGCUCUAUUCUUUGGGUUUAAUUGAUAAACCCAAUCUGCAGUUUGACACAGAUGCUGUUAGAUUGUUUGAAGAGUUGUAUGAAGAUCAUGGAGACACACUUUCCCUUCAAUAUGGAGGUUCACAGCUGGUUCAUAGAGUAAAAACCUACAGGAAGAUAGCACCAUGGACCCAGCAUUCCAAAGAUAUCAUGCAAACUCUGUCAAGAUAUUACAGUAAUGCUUUCUCAGAUGCUGACAGGCAAGACUCAAUUAACCUGUUCCUGGGAGUUUUCCAGCCAGCGGAAGGGAAACCUCAUCUCUGGGAACUUCCAACUGAUUUUUAUUUGCAUCACAGGAAUACUCUGAGUCUCUCACAGACCAGAAGAAGCUAUACUUAUUGGUGGACACAAGGUGUAUUGAAUCAUUUACCACUGCCUUAUGAUGAAGUGACAUGUUCUGAAAACAGGCAGAAGUUGAUAGUAAAAAAAUUUCACAAAUAUGAAGAAGAGAUUGAUAUACACAACGAGUUUUUUCGGCCCUAUGAAUUAAGCAGUUUUGAUGAAACCUUCUGCUUGGCAAUGACCAAUUCUACACGAGACUUCAUGCCCAAGAAUGUUGGCAUUGAUCCAAGUCCAUUUACCGUGCGUAAACCUGAUGAAACUGGAAAAUCAGUGCUGGGAAACAAAAGUAACAGAGAAGAAACUGUGUUGCAACGCAAGACAGCUGCUAGUGCCCCCCCACCACCAAGUGAGGAAGCAGUGUCUAGCAGUUCAGAGGAUGAUUCUGGAACUGACAAGGAAGAUGAAGGUGCUGUUUCUCAGCGCUCCACUCCAGUAAAGAUGACUGAUACAGGAGAUAAUACAAAAAUAACUGAGAAUGUAGUCCAGUCCAUGAAAGAUGUUUACGGGAUUAAUCUCUCAGAUGUUCCUUCAGAGGAUGAUCUCUCAAUAUAUACAAGGUUUGUUCAGUUGGGACAGAGUCAACAUAAACAAGACAAGAUCAGCCAUCAGCUUUGUUCAAAACACUCCCUAGAUGGGGUUAUAAAACUUGUUCCCAUCUCCUCUUUUUCCCAAGACAACAUUUAUGAAGUUCAGCCUCCUAAAGUUGAUAGGAAAUCAGUUGAGAUCUUUCAUGCUCACAUCCAGGCUGGCAGAGGGAUCAUGCAGCAACUUGGAAAGGAUGACUUCCUUAUGUACAGAGAGUAUAUUAGAAACCGUUACAUGUAAAUACAAAGAGGAUUCAGCUGCAAAACACAGUGCACUAGUGGAUUUAUAAAUAACUUUGUAAAGGAAAUCCAGUCCAGCUGUUUUGUAGUUAAGAUAAAAAUAAUAUCAGGCCUGUGUUUUUGGAAGACUUCAUUGCUGGACUAUUGUGAUUUGCAACAGUAAAAUGAAACUUACUAUUUUCGGUUAGAAAAAAAUAGAUUUUAAGUUAGAAUAACUGCAGCUAUGUGUAUGUAUAUGGUAGGAGGUGCAAAGAAAACAUCAAGCAUUUAAAUUGUUGGUACUGAAGCUGCUACUAUAUGUAACAAAAUUAAUUUAAUCAGACAAAGAAAUCAAAACACUUCUUUGAUGUUAGCUUAUGACAGAAAGAUCCUUGUCAAAAAGCAAAAACAUUUUACUGUUGUUUUUUGAAAUUGUUAGCAAAAUACAGGCUUUUUGCAAGGUUGUAAAAGAUGUCAGUCUGACUCAUGGAUCAAAUUCAAAAGUUUCACCUACCUUAACAAACUUAACCUUCACCUCUAUUGGGUUACACUGGCAGGGUACCAAUGGUGGACCAUGCAGCUUAGGUGUGCUAAAGAUAUUCUGGCACCUUUGAAGGGGUGAGCAUUGCCAUUAAGUUCAGUAGUGUCAGGAUUUCACCCCUAGUUGUUUAACUUUACAAAAUUUUGUUUUACAACUUGCAAGAAUGCCUGUAUGAUUUCAGAGAUUACAUACAUUUUAUGCACUACCAUGUUUUCAAUUAAGAUUGCGUCUAUUCUGUACAAAUGCAAGUAGCUUUAAAUAGAUUAAGAUCAUGUUUCCAUGAGUACCCUCUAUUAAUGUAGUGAGAAUAUAAUAUUUCCUCUGCAAUUUACCGCUUUCAUAGCAAACUUACUCUCUUUGCAAUGGGUUUAGUUCUUUAAGUAAUCAAAGUGUUUCGUUUAUAAAUAAAUAUUUUUUUAUUUGCGCUUAAAAAUCAGGAGUUGAGUUGACCCACACAAACACUGCCAUUUAGCCACAAAUUAGGCAGCAAAACUGAAACUGUUCUACAACUGUAGAAUAAUUAAAGCAGCUGUCUUUACAACCUGUAGAAUAAUUAAAGUAUCUAUAAGCCUGCAAUAAAAAUAAAGAGCACACUUUAAAAUUUUAAAAAUCCAAAGCAAUACUGCUUGUAACAUAAUUGUUACAGAGGGGUUUUCUUAAAGUUAUAGAGAUAAGCUUUUUCCCCAGUCCAUUACUUGUAUAUUAAUGUGGAGGAUUCUUAGUGUUAUAUUAAACGUAUUGUGACAAGUCCGUUUUGUAACGCUUUUGUCUUUUAUAUCUCUUGUUACAUUUAUACAUACUCUUCAUGGGUCUCCUUUCCUUUUUUCUUUUUCCUUUUUAUUUAAAAAAGUUAUACAAGGCAGGCAGGUACUUUCUGUUUAGGAUAUGAGUCAUGCUCAUUAUCUGCAGUACCUCUGCAUGGAGAAGUUUCUGGACUUUCAUUGUUAGGUAGUAUGCAGAUAGAUUAUCCCUUGUCUUCAGGUUCUCAGGAUAAUUCAGCAACUACAUACUACCUACAAUGCAGCGAAUGUAAAUAAGGCUUUCAGGUGACUGCUGGGUUAGCCAAGAACAAGCUUCCCUUUGACUUUCUUAAUAGAGCUGUUCCUGGACAACCAAGAUGGAUCAACAAACAAGGAGAUGUAUUUGUUGUAUACAGAACAAAUUCAGCUGUUGGAUGGAAGACUCUGUAAGUCUUUUGAAAGCACUUAUUUUUGUAGCACAAAAGUCCAGUCCUCAGCUGUACCAGAACUUUACCAUGUCAGAGAUAAUAUGUUUAUUUUUGUAUAUACAGCAUUUUGUAAGAUCAGUGGGAUUCAUGAAAUAAAAUGGCAAAAUGUUUUUUGACUCUGUCCCCUAUGGAUUAAAAUGGUUUCUUAAUUCAUCUGUUAAUAAUCUCUCACUUUUUACUCUGUGAACUGAUAAUGGGCUAAUUCAUUUUGACCUUAGAAAUGUGUUUUCCUUCCUCCAGAAGAGAGAGUUUGUUUGGAGACUGCACUGAAAUAAAUACCAGUGUGUGCAACCUGGGUGUAUGGGCUCAGAUUCUUCCCUGUCCUGAGAAAAAUACUCUGUAUAGUAUGAGGAUGCAUACCCAUCAGUCAACUGAGCUUGAGCCUUCAUUUUCCUUCAGUCUUCAUUAAACAUAUUCCCAGAGCUUAAAUACUUCUAUGUCUCUACUCUUUCCUAGCCUGACAUAUCAGCCCUCAGGCUACAGGAAGCAGAGGGACUAUCUUACACUGGAUCUAGACCAGUAAGAACUGUUCAGGAAGAUAACAGGUGUCUUUUCACUUCCUUAAUGUUACAACGAUGGUCUUGUUCCAUGAAAAUCUUAUCAUCUGUAUUCUUUCCAGAGAGGGAAGUUCUCAAGUUUAACCUGUUGCUGCAAAGGAUUUAGUAGAAUAUGGUGUGAGACCUUUCGUGUGUUGAUGUCAGGACAAUUAACUUUGUAUUUAAAAAAUCCAUUUUACCCUAUAUACCAGAAAGAUUUGAGGAAAUUAAUAGAAUUUAAUUCCAUUCUAAUAUGAAGGAAUUGAAUAGAGAUUCAUUCCAUUCUAAACUCCAGUCUACAAGAAGCUUUGGGGAUCUGUCUGUAUGAAAGUCCUAGAAGUAAAGAUAUUAUUAUAGCAGUAUGAUCUUAUUACUGUAUUAAGCUUCACAUUACUUAUAGCCAUUAAUUUCUUGGUU